GCGGACUGGAUACCGCAGGAGACGGAGCUGGAGUCACCUAACGGUCGUAUUUUUAGCCGUUUUCAACAUCUACGGUGGGAUGACGAUGCAUAGGGUCAAGUGAAGUGAAAUUAUUCGACGUAUUUACUUUCAUUCUUCUAUGUCCAAGUCGUUUUUAUCGCGAAUACGCCGACAGUUUGUUAAAUCGUGUACAAAUGUCAUUUCGGUUCCUGAAUCUGAAGUUAGCCCGUGUUUUCCCGCCCUCUCCUGAGCUCGCAGGGAGCAGUGGGGAAAACAAACAGGUCGAACGGAGGAAGAGAGGUAGCCGGUUGGAUGUAGAGGUUGUUUAGCGGCGAAUGAAUCGUUUUCAUGUUGUUGGCAUUUGUCGGUGCUAUUUCAGAGUUCUCCUUCAGUUUUCCUUGAUUUUGAAUGCGGUGCAUUUAGGACGCUGUUUGGAGUUUUCGCCCUCCGAGUAUGUUGCCGCUUUCUAACAUUUUGUCAGGGCUGUUGGAGCGCGUAGUCUACCCGCUGCGGUUUUGUGUUUUUCUCGACGUUGUUUACCGGUUGUAAUUCGACGUUUAAUGAUUUAAAUUCACCGGUUCGCCGGCCCCAACUUGAGUGAGACACUUUAAGACAUGCAUACGAGGCGUUUAGUGAAACGGUCGAUCCUCGGCAGCCGCGUUUAUGCGCCGAGUCCGACCGGGGACGGUGCCCCGGUGACAGGAGUGGUCCAGGCUGUCAAGCAGGAAAACAGAGACGUUUCGGCCGCGGGAACCCGGCGCAGCGUCUACACCGUGCUCAUGCAAGACGGGAGCCUCAAGGAGUUCUCCGAGGAGGAGAUAGCCGCUGGGUUCAACCACACUGCAACCAAAGGACCGCUGAAAUUCAGCCUGAAGAGCUCUAGUAAUGGAGCUCCACAGGGCCACAAGGUGGAGGGCGGUUCCCUCAGCCCAGAGGUAGUGGAGGAGCAGCGGUUGGCAGACAGCAAGCGUGUUGGCCGGGACCCUGACACCCGAUCAGUGUCCCUGCUAGAGCAGAAACGCAAAGUGGUCUCCUCCAGCAUUGAUGUCCCUCAUGCCAGACGGUCAGAGGAGGAAGUGGACAUGGACAAGGUGACGGCUGCCAUGGUACUGACCAGUCUCUCCACCAGCCCGCUGGUCAGGAGUCCACCUGUCAAAGUCAGCGAUGGUCUAAGUGGUUCGUGGAAGGACAACAGCUCAGUGGGACCUUUCACCCCAUCAAGCAACAGCUCUUCAGGGGGCUACUGGAGCUGGUCUGCCCCCAGCGACCAGUCCAACCCUUCCACACCUUCCCCACCGCUCUCCGCUGACAGCUUGAAGCCAUUCCGAGUACCCAGCCUGGGCGGUGUGGGGCCCGGCCCCGCAGGACCUGAAGACCCCAGCCUUGACGACCAGGACGGCAGCAGCCUGCUCUUUGAUGAGCCCAUCCCUCGCAAGCGCAAGAACUCCAUGAAGGUGAUGUUCAAGUGCCUGUGGAAGAACUGUGGCAAGGUGCUGAGUACUGCUGCUGGUAUCCAGAGACACAUCCGCACCAUCCACCUGGGACGUAGCUGUGACUCAGACUGCAGUGACGGCGAGGAGGACUUCUACUACACGGAGAUCAAGCUCAACACGGACUCGGUGGCCGACGGGCUCAGCAGCCUUUCCCCCGUGUCGCCCUCCGUCCUCUCAACCCCUCCUCCUCCCCCAUCCCCUCUCCCCUCCCUGAGCCAGCUGUCAGACUCCCACAGACCCCCGCAGUCCUCUGACACCAAGGAGCCUCACGCUGGUGGCACCACCCCGCUCAGCCGCUCUGCACCCAGCGCUCUCUACCUCAUCCACACGGACCACGCCUACCAGGCCACGGCUCCAGUGUCCAUCCCGUGCAGCAGCAGUAACUCGGCCGGCUCAGCAUCCACCAGCUUCACUCCCACCAACAGCUCCAGCUUUAGCAUCUCCUGGCAGUCGCCACCCGUCACCUUCACCGGGAACACGGUGAGGACCACACAUUUAUCCUCAGCCUCAGCAAUUACACACUUAAUUGCUGUUGUGGAUUUUCAUGAUUGCAGUUGUGUCCUCCCUCUGCAGGUAUCUCCCAGUAAAAGCCAGGGAUUUGGUGAACAGCGCUCCCAGACCAUCGCCGUCCUCUCCUCCCCUCCCAGAGCCACCACUGCCCUCAGUCGGAAGGUGCGUGGCGAGGGGAAGAAGUGCCGUAAGGUGUACGGGAUGGAGAACCGCGACAUGUGGUGCACUGCCUGCCGCUGGAAAAAGGCCUGUCAGAGAUUCACCGACUGAGUGUACCCCACCGACGCAACGCCAUGCCACGCCAACGGGAACUGCUGCCUUUCGCCAGAGAAAGAGGGGGGAGGGGCGUCAUUUUGCAUGUAUUUGGUUUUCUUCAACUCAAAAUCUCAACGUCUCCCGUCAAGCUCCGGCGCUCGCUCACCCUCAGCUCCACCUAACCAUUCCAGCCGUGGAAGCAACCGAAGGACAGCGGGGUCACCUUUUACAUUGCCAUCUGGGAUUUCCAGUACUGCCUAACCAUUCCCAUCAUUCCCAGUUUUGGGAAACCCCAGUGCAGCUAAACAGUGUAAAGAAAAAAUCUAUCUUAAGAUUUCUGCGGUUUUUUUAUGUUGGGUUCAGUGUUGCAUCUUUCUAUGUUUUGUAAAGCUCUGGUUUUUAAAUGGAAAGUCUAGUCAAAGAAGGGGUCCAGAAAAAAAGGCCAACAGGUUUUUUUGUGUGUUUUGUCAAAAGAAAAAAAACUUUUUUUAUCCAAAAAAAGAAUGAACCUCUUUGCUGCAGUUUUAGAAGAAAGUUAUGAAAAAGCAUGGAGGUAAAACUCAGUUUUUGUUAUUCCUUCAACUUGUUCAUCUCUUCUUUUAUUUCUGGACUUUUUGAGGUGAUCUUUUAUCACCGACAUCACAGCCUCUCCCGGACUCUCACCUGUUCUUCACUCCUGACAGCCCCGAGGGAAUGUACGGCAGAGCCGGGAAAGGCAGGUUGACAGGUAGAAAGAAAAGGAGGAAGAGAGACACACAAGGUGAAUGAUCAAUGCAAAAAAGAUACAAUUUACAGUCAGGGAAAGCAGAUGGGCCAUGCCAGUGAUUUACCACAACAGCAUUCACACACACACACACACAACUAUUUCCACACAAUCAUAACAGAAGAUGGGAACUGUUUUUUAUGUCACUUUUUUAUCCAGUUGAUUCAUUUUCUUUGCUUUAUCAGGGAUGUGAUUCUAAUGAAAGCAAAAACCAGCAGCUAAAACUUGGGGUUAUACUGUAAACAGCACUAUCUCAAUAGCUUCUCUUUUUCAUUACACAUGACAACUUUGCAACCAAAAACUCCUUCAUCUUGUUCUUUAUGUUUUUGGAUCUUGUUAAGGUGCCAUGUUUACUGUCGUUGAUGUUGGGGUUUUUUUUUUGGGGGGGGGGGGGGGGUUUGCAAAACCAAGACUGUUUACCUACCAACUGCUCAAGAAAGACCUUCCUGAGAGCACGGGAAUCAUGAAGUCAGCAGAGAGCGAGGCCAUAAAAAGAUAAACAUCUUUCACUACAUACAGAGAGACAACAUGCCCUCCCCCUCACCCAACCUAUACACCUUCCCAAAGGGAACAAAAUAACUUUGUGUUUACUUACAUCGCAGAGGUGCAUCUUUAUGACCUGUUAACCAAAGGGGGGGGGCUGAAAACCAAAAGUGAGGCACUUGCACUGUAUGUGUGGAACGGAGCACUUGGUACCUUUUGUUAACACCUGUGGUUAAUUUUAGAGAGUUGAAAAUGUCUUCAGAUAUCCUCCACUAUGCUCUCUCCAUUUCCUACUUAACUCGUUAUAAAAGGAGGUAACUCAAAAAAACCCCAGAUGUGGCUACUCCCCCUUUUUGAACAAUUAUUUGCUCCAAGGCUUUUGGAGAAUGGUGGAGAAAGUUACUAGCACUUGAUUAUUUGCUGUUUAACGUGCAUUGCACCUUUCAUUUACUUGGCACCAUGCAAGCAAAGCUUUGUCUCGAGCUUUCAUUGGUGUCAUUGUGAUCGGCACGUGACCUUGUUACUGAUGAGGUGAAAAGAGGUUAAGAGUGGGAUUGGUGAAAAUAAUGCAGUUAUCUGAUUUGUCAUUUGAAUUUGUUCAUUUGAAUUCCAGCCUCCUUGUUGGCUCAAAGGCAGGAAACAAAAUCACAAGGCCAAAUCGUUUACAGAUGUUCACUUUGUAGUGAUAGAUGGACCAGCUCUUUUGUCACCUGGGGCUGCGUUCUACUUUAGUACAAUGUAGGUAAAGGGAUCGAA